AAAGGGAUAAUAAUGGCUUACGUUCUACAUCGACUUAUCUCCGUUUGCAUUCUUACAAGAAUAGCAUUUUGCCAAGAAGCAGAACAUGUAAGGUUAAAGAAUGGACUGACACUUCGAGAGGGUAGGGUUGAGGUACGCAUCAAUGGAACUUGGGGUACACUCUGUGACGACAGCUUUGACGUCGAGGACGCUCACGUAAUCUGCCGAAGUAUGGGCUUCACUGGGGCACUUGGUAUUACAUCGCUCUCGGAGUUUUGGCCGAGUUCUUUGAAGGUCCACCCGGUUGAUCUGCAGUGUACCGGGGAGGAAUCCGACUUCUUGAGUUGUCCCGGAGUUAAUCUAGUUGUCCAGCAAGAGGAAUGCAACUCAAAUCUGACGGAGGCUGGCGUUAGAUGUUCAGAUUGUCGGGAUGUCAGUCCUCGUUGUGAAGAAUGGGUCAAUCAAGGAGCAUGCGAAUCUUACGCAGGAGAAAUUCAACAUGUUUGUCAGAGUAGUUGCGACCAGUGUACACUUUUCGACCUAAAUGAUACAGCAACAUCGAUUCCUUGGGAAGAAACAUGUAUGACAGGUCAAUGCUUUCUCGAUUCCAAUAAUGACACGAAGUGCAUACCAGUUGUUGAUGUUUGUGUGACAGUAGGAUGGUACCAAGGGAUCAUAUGCAUACCUACUCCUGUUGAACCAGCUCCAUCUGUCCUGCGUUGCAUGAAUGUGUCCACUGAACGCACAAGGUCGACGCUAUCUGCUGAAAGAUUAGUAAAUGACUUUAGAAUAAAGACAUGGCAACUGCCUCAGAGAUCGAAGGAAAUUGAUGGAGAUUUAGAAAUGAUUUUUAAAAAAUUUGCUGCAAUCUACGCGUACUUCCAGCUUUAUAAUAUAGAAUUUCGUCCUGAACACCUAUUGAACCGGCAGAGACAGGUUACGCUCUUAUAUAUAUGGCGUGUGAAUUUGACCUCUAUCGACGAUAAUGCUUUUAGUGCAUUUCCGAGUCUCCUCACGUUACUCUUAGGAGAAAACAAGCUUAAAGAGAUCAGGAAUACAGCGUUCGCUGGUUUACAAAGGUUGGAAUACAUUAAUCUCCAGUUUAACGAGAUAUCUUCGAUUGAAAAUGGUACAUUCGCACAUUUGGACAGUCUUUUCUUCUUGGAUCUUUUCGGUAACGCCUUAGAUUACAUACAACCAGGUGUAUUUUCUGGAUUGACCAACCUUCGACAACUGAGUCUUUACGAAAAUAGGAUUCGAGGAAUCGAUAAAGGAGUUUUUGACGACGUGCAGGAAUUACAAUUCUUGUAUCUGCAAUCAAAUAAGAUUAAAGACAUACAAGUUGGAGCACUUUCUACCCUGGGAAAACUUGAAAUCUUAAAUUUGGCAUCGAAUUCAAUAAACAUUUUAAGCAGUGGAGUGUUCGCAGGACUGCAUUCUCUUCAAUAUCUAUUCUUAACCAACAACCACAUCCAUACCAUUGAAGGGCAUGCAUUUGACUCACUGGCAAAUCUCCAGUAUCUGUUCUUCCUUGGUACUGAACUGAGAGAUGUAGAUUCGAAUGCACUUACCGGACUUGCAUCCUUGCAGAAAAUGUCAACUUCUGACAAUAGAUUGUGCUGUUUACUAUCGGAAAAUACCACUUGUGCGAGGACAUCCCAGACCAGUCCCUUAGACACCUGUAGCAGGUUGUAUCCAAACGUGGCCUUGAGGAUCGCAGGAUGGGUCAUGGGUUUGUUGGCCAUUGCCGGAAACGGCACCGUCCUCUUCAUUCGGCUAUGGGAUAAAAAGAAGCCGAACGACAGGACGAAACCGAAAGAUAAGGUCCAGAAUACCAUGAUAAGUAGUUUAGCUAUGGCUGAUAUAUUGAUGGGGGUUUACAUGAUUAUCAUUACGUCUGCCGAUCUUAAGUAUGGCAAUACCUUCUACCUGAGUGCCCCUCAGUGGCGGGAUUCCAACAUGUGUAGAUUUGCUGGAUUUCUAGGAUUCUUAUCCAGUGAAGCAUCGGUUCUGACCCUGACCUUGAUCACCAUAGAUAGGUUCAUAUGGAUCAUGUUCCCUUUCCGUCCAAAUUUGAGAAUUGGUCACAAGGGGUCUAAGAUUCUUAUUGGUGCAGCUUGGUCGUUGACUAUACUGUUGAGUAUCGGAUUGGUGAUUGUUACCUCAUACAGACCUGACGUGUACGGACUUUCCGACGUCUGCCUUGGUUUGCCGCUUCAUGUCGAGGCGAAAGAUACUGGAGUUCUGGAAAUCACUGGACAUUUCUACUUUGAGUAUCAGGUAAACUUCAAGAUUAAUGAAAGCGGUUCCAGGCCUCCAUGGUUGCUUUCCAUCAUAAUUUUUAUUGGCUUUAAUCUGGUGUCUUUCACUUUAAUCUUGAUAUGCUACAUUAUGAUCUUUAUCACGACUCGUCGUUCUUCGGCCAAAGUUCGGAAGAACAGCUCCAAUAAGCACGAGACCAGAUUGGCUGUUCGCAUGGCGAUGAUCGUUGCUACAGACCUCGUCUGUUGGAUGCCUGUCAUCAUCAUGGGAAUACUUUCUCAGACCGGUGCAGUCACCCUCGACCCUUCUCUCUAUGCUUGGACAGUGAUUCUCAUCGUCCCUAUCAAUUCAUCAAUCAACCCUUUCCUAUAUACCUUCAUCGUGUACAUCGAUGAAAAGAAGGCGAAGAAGAAGACAGUGACGAACGAGAACAAAGUCAAAGUAAAAGAAUUAAAAAGCAAGCGAAGUCUUGAACAGUCUUCUGGGAUUAAUAGUGAUAAUAGCAAGUCAUCUGAAAUAUAGCGUGAUAAUUUCAUAAUUUCGUCCUAACCGAACAUACCCAACCUACAUUUUAUUUAAGUCAUCAACUGAUUUCAGUAUGCAUUGAAAUUUGUAGGUUUGCCGUAUAUUUCUGCCCUCAAAAUGUCCCCAUAUAAAUUAGAUAUUACUGGUGAGAUAUGGAAACCCAUCAUAAUAUAAUAGAUAACCAAUAGGUUGGAACUGCACUUAAAAAUAAGAUUGUCAUGCUCUGUAAUCGAUUACAACGAUAAUACUGAAUACAGAUUAUAAGAUCAUAUCCAAAGUUUUAGCAAAACGAAUUAAAGAGGUUUUGGAGAGCGUGGUGUUAGCAGAUCAAAUAGGAUUUAUUAAAAACAGGAAUAUAGGAGAAGCUAUUAGAUUAAUUGAUGAUAUGCUUUUUCAUACGUUAUAUAAUAAUAUCCCUGGGUAUAUGAUAGCAAUUGAUUUAGAAAAAGCCUUUGAUUCGAUAUCCCACAAAUUUUUACAUCAAACAUUAGGUUCAUUUGGUCUUGGCCAGCAAUUUCGCAAAUGGAUCAAAAUAUUAUAUACAAAUAGCCAAAGUUGUAUUUUUAAUGGGGGGGGGGAUUCUACAAGCUAUUUUCAUGUUGAAAGAGGGGUAAGGCAGGGAGAUCCGCUUUCACCAUAUCUUUUCAUUUUAUGUAUUGAAGUAUUAGCGCAUAAUAUAAGAUAUAAUAAUGAUGUUAAAGGAAUUUCCUUUGGAAAGGAAGAAGUAAAACAGGUUAUGUAUGCAGAUGAUAUGUCUAUAUUUGUCCGAGAUCUAGAUUCAGUAAGAAAAGUAAUAGAAAUUUUAGAAAAAUUCAGAAAAGUGUCAGGACUCAAAGUUAAUAACGAUAAGACGAAGGUUCUAUUAUUAGGUUCCUCCCAAGGAAAAUCAUAUGAUUUAUCUUUUGGCCAAAAGGUGGAUUUUAUAAAGAUUCUCGGUGUAUUUUUUUCUUUAGAUGUAGAAGUAAAAGAAAGAUUGAAUUAUAAAGAAAUAUUAAGUAAAAUAAAGAAGUUGUUAAACUGGUGGAAGCAAAGAGAUUUAACUUUGAUGGGCAAAAUACAACUAUUAAAGCAGUUUAUCUUUUCAAAAUUCA